CUUUCAUUUUACUAUCAAAUUAAGAGCUAGUAGCAUUGCCAAACUCGUUUUUGCAUGGAAAUGGAAUCUUCGUCGACUCCUCCUCCUAAGUUCCGGUUCAGAGACCACUCAGAACCGGAAUCUCAGAAUUCAUUGGAGCCAAGCUCCGAUGUUGUUUCUGCAGCGUCACCGUCUAUCGGUGAUCCUGAUGCAGACCUUGAAAUUGAAUCCAUGACCGGAAGAGGCAUCAUGCAUCUGUGUGAUGAACUUCGGGAACUAAAGGAAGCAGCAAAUGAAGAUUUACAGAAAAACAUAUUUAGCAAAUAUUCCACUUUCCUUAGAAUACUAGAGGAAGUGAUAGGAGUGGAAAAUGAGCUCGUGCAACUGGAAAACCAUUUUGUAUCUCAUAAAAGGCAAGUAAAGGAUCUUAUAGAUCGAAUAUAUCCAAAGAUAUUGUCCAUAGACAUAGCCUUCGAUGAUCAUGUCAAUAUUGUCCCAUCUCACCCCACCGAAUUGAAAGCUCACAUUAAUGAAUGUUUAGAGAAUUUGGAUAUUCUCUUAUCAGAAAACAAGAUGGAUGAAGCCCUGAACCAUCUAGAAUCUGCAGAUGAACAUUAUCAAAGCCUUCAAUUUCAAGAUUGUUCCCAUAGAGAGAUCAUGCUAUAUGAAUCUGCAAUUUCUGAGAAAAAGUCCAUGCUGAUACAACAAUUAUCACAAAUAGCUGAGAAUAAAAGAACACCGGGACCAGAACUUCAAAGGGCACUAGCUAGACUUUGCAGACUUGGUGAUACUCAACUUGCUAUUAAUCUGUUGCUUAAACAUUACCAUUUGCGUGUUGCGAAUGGAACUGAUAAUUUGCAGUGGGCAAAAUCAUCUUCAAUUGAGAUAUACAUAAGGGAACUUGCAAGGUUUGUGUUCUCAAUGGUUUCACAAGCGGCAAGGAGCUUUGUGAUGUUGUGUGGAGAAACUUCUCCUUAUGCCUCAGAGCUUAUGUUGUUUGCAUAUGAAGAAACAAAAUCAUUCAUCAUUUGUUUUGAUAAAUACGUCAAAGGCACCUCAGCAAUAAGUGGAGGGUUGUCUUCUGCCAUAAAAGCUGUCAAGUUUGCUGUCAUGUACUGUUCUUUGUUAGAAAAUCAGAAAUUGGUGUUGCGGCCAUACUUAGUGAAGCAUCUCUUUCCAUGCAUGGAAGAGGUUUUGAAUACACAUAUAAACCAUUUUAAGAAAGUGAUUGUUAUCUUCUCAGCGAGCGAUCCUUGGAUUUUGGAGAAGUACCUUGUUUCUGGAGUGUUUGUUGGGGCUGGAUCUUCAACUUUAGCCGUUGGAGAACAACAUGACUAUUGCUUGCUAACUACCAGUGGCCGGAAGGUUGUGACACUAUUGCAGGCCAUUGUGGAAGAUAUUUCUUCUUUAGUUUCCCUUCAUAUGGGGAGUUUAGUCAUUAGUGGAAUCACAAUCCUCUUCACAGAGUAUAUUGUCAUACUUGAAAAAGCCCUUACUUAUGAAGCAAGCUCAACAGAACAAGGUAGUCCAAGAAUAAAGCUAGCUGAGUCACUACCACAACAGGUUUCUAUUUUGGCCAAUUUGUCAACUUUAGUGCAGUUUCUCUCUAUCAUGGUCAAAGAUAUCUUUAGCAGCAGUGAUCACAUAGAAUUUCAAGUAUUGGAAAACUAUUCAAUUGUUCAUCAGCAGCAAGGACUUGAUGAUUUCCUAUUGUUUAUUGAAGAGGGUUCCAAUAAGUUGAGAAACGUGUUCUGCCAGCAAUUAAUUCUCAGAGUAUUGUCUACUUACCACAGGCAUGAAAUAUUUUCUGCUAGCCAUUGCAAUGACCAGUUUGAUGCUAACACUGUCCACGAUCCAAUGCCGUCUGGUAUCUUUCAGGUUUUAUUUCUAGAAUUAAAGAAAAUAGAACAACUUGAGGAAGAAAAUGUGUUUGAAGUGAAUUGGUUGAUGGGAUUACUGAGAGAAUUAAUGGAGUCGAUGUUUAUUUGGGUUUCCAACAACAAAGAGAUCCUUGCAACUACGGAAAAGAAUGUGAGCUCACAAACUGAUGAAGCCAAACAGUUUAUUUUGGAUGUGCAAUUCUUGGUGGAAAUUGGAAUGUACGGAGGAUAUUUCUCCAGCGAUCCUUUGCUCCUUCUAACUCUCAUGAAAUCAACCUUCAAUUCAGCAGGACUAGACCCUUUCAAAGAUGUAGAUGAUGAUUAUUGGGCUAUAGAUGCUGCUACUAAAACAAUUCAAAAGCUGUUGGAGAUUGAGAAAACAAGUUUGCAUCCAAAGGAGCCUGUAGUUACCAUUAAAGAGGAGUCACAUGAGCAUGAGAACCAAAUCAAUCAAUCAGCAUAUGAAUGUAAUUUUUCCAAGGAAAAUGAUAUAAGUUCUUCAGAGAAUAACGUAGUAAAACAUGAACUAGAUGAGGUUGCAAAACAUGAACUAGAAGUUGCCAUUGAUGCAAAGAUGGCUUCACUAGACACGGUAUUUAGCCCCGGAGAGGGAUCUUUAGUGAAGAGAGAUUAUGUUGAUACAGACUCUUCAAAUUUGAGACCACCUUCUAUCAUGACUUUGCAAUUAGAGGAUGCUGAUUUUGUAGAGGCAACGGAUACAAAAAAUGAUGAAUUGACUCCAACAUCUUCCGUGGGUGAGGUAGGACUAAAUUCUGAGGAGGAAACUAAAUCAAAUUCAGACGAAUGACCAACAUUUAUAUAAUUUACUAAUAUAUAUUUACACAAUUUUAAUUUUAUACUUUGAUUUAAGGCAC